GAAAUGGGAGACGUGGGAUCAGGAGGCCUCAUCGGGUGGCCAGGAUUUAUUGGGCUCCCUGGCUUACGUGGAGACUCAGGGGAUCAAGGUGGAAAGGGGGAAGAGGGUGAUAAAGGUGACUUGGGACUGCCUGGCCCACAUGGAAAGGAUGGAGGCAAGGGUAUUCGUGGCCCAGUUGGAUUUCUGGGUCCAACAGGCCAGAAGGGAGAACAGGGAAACAUUGGUCUUCCGGGACCGAGGGGUUUUCCAGGGAUGCCUGGAUUACCUGGUUUGUUUGGAUUAAAGGGUUUGAAAGGAUAUCAAGGUCUGCCUGGACAGGCUGGCAGGAAGGGGCUCCCAGGUCCACCUGGUUCUCCCGGUCCUCCAGGACAGUCAUUGAACAUGACCAUGGCUCAACUCAAGGAGCUGAUGUACGUGUCUGACAAGCCCAACUACAAUCUGAUCCAGACACUGCUGGACUCUUUGGAGCAGGACCUGCGGCUGUUGGUGGAUCCUCCUGAUGGCAGCAAGGAACAUCCUGCCACCACCUGCCUGGAGCUCUGGCUCUGUCACCCUGAAUACAGCAGUGGGAUGUAUUACAUCGACCCCAACCAGGGCAGCUCCGCUGACGCUCUGCUCGCUUUCUGCAGCUUCUCUUCAUCAUCAAAACAGACCUGCCUCCACCCUCAAGACUCUCAGCUGCCCAUGAAGGCUUGGAUGGACGAUGUUUCUGAAGAAGGGUCUUUUCAGUGGCUCAGUCGACUGGAUCAGGGAUAUCAGUUUUUCUAUCCAGGUGCUAAUGUUGUCCAGAUGCGUUUCCUGAGGUUGCACAGUCAAAGCGCUGCACAAAAAGUGACCUACUCCUGCCAUCCAGGACAUAGACUGGGCCAGACAGAGAUAGACGUGAAGUUCCUCACUGAUACGAGGAGGCAAAGCUACCUUGCAGCACUGAAAGAUUGCGUGCCUGGAAAGGAGUCGGUUUCUGGUCCUCGGGAGGCUGUGUUUGAGUUCGAGGACCUGCACCUACUUCCCUUGAGAGAUGUGGCCGUGAUGGAAGGAGGAAACUUCACCCACCAGUUUGGCUUCACAGUCGGACCUGUGUGUUUCAGCUAAAUCUGGGAGACGGAUGUGCAGAUACAGAAGAUGCAUAAAUCCCCUGGAAAGACCUUUGCUUGAAACACGGACACAAAGAAGAUUGAAGAUUUUACUUCUUGUACUGCAGGAUAAGAUCUAUCAAGUUAAAGGACUCCGUAAGAAUACACGUGACACGGCGCAAAUGAUUUUUUUUUUAUUCACGGAGAAGUCAAUUUUGUUUACAGAGACAUUUAUCCAUCCAUCUUCUAUACUCUCUUCAUCGUGGUCAACGUUGUGGGGGGGUUGGAGGCUUUCCUCACUGUCACAAAGACAUUUAUCUUGUAGGAAAUAAUUUAAAUGUGUAUGUUUUUAUCUUUAUUCACAAUAUUUUGUACUGUAUGAUUUAUUUUAUUUCCAUUUAGGGAUUCUUUUAUAGCCAGCUCUUUGUAUAAAUCAAAGUCAGUGUGACGUUUGACCAACAUGCUCUGCACGAGGACGGAGCCUCUGUUGCUGUUCAUGUGACCUGGCCAGCGCACACUCAUUGUACACCACCUAAAGUUAACACACAGGUACCGCAUUUCCUCAAGGUGCUAAUCAAGUUUUUCAUUUAUUUAAUUGUUAAAUCCCCAAAAACAGGACACUUUUUGUCUCAUGUAUAUCGUGUCAGUUAACCAUCUUCCCUCAUUUUUAGGGUGUAAAGCAUUGUUUAUUGUUUUUACAGUUUCAUGUGUUUUAUUUUUUUUUUUGCAUCUCAGGUAUGACAUUUAAUAAUAACACACAUCAGCGUCAGAGUCCUGUUGCCACACUGUUGUUCAGUUUUGUCUUUCGUCUUUAAAAUAGAACCACAAUCAAGGUUAGCAAAGAGGAAAGACCAAAAGUGAACGAUGAAUUAAUCUACCAUCAACCAUUGUUUGUGUUUGCACUUUUGACUCUACGAGAGCUUAAUGGUUCAUACAUUGUUCCACAACAAUUACAGUAACUACCAAAGACAGACAAAUCUAUCACUGUUGUAUUACAUCGAGUUUGCAGCCAGUGAUUAGAUCAUCUAUGCGUUUACUUGCAGCUGAAUAUAUCCUCAUACAAAAUGACUUUUAACCUCAAUACAUUCACAUGUGAGGAGAGUACGGUGCUAAAUCUUUUUUAGAAAACAAAAUAAUACAUUUCUGAAAGGGUUUAAAUUAUGUUUUCGUUAAAUUAAAAUUAAUGUAAGGCUGCAUUUUGAGAGGGACAGUUGUGAAGUUUGUAGGUGGAGAGCUGUACACUUGACCAGUUUCUUCAAGUUUUCUUUGUCUUACAAAGUACCAAAGUCCUGCAAACAGUCAUGCAUAUAUAUAUAUAUAUAUAUAUAUAUAUAUAUAUAUAUAUAUAUAUAUAUAUAUAUAUAUAUACUUACUGCACCCAUCAGUCCCCCCAUACCUUGAUCAUCCUUUUUUUUUAGUAUUUUGAAAAACAGUAGUUUCCACCAGGCUCUGUUAUGUACAAGGUUUUUGCUUUUGCAAGCCGCAUCUUAAAUCCAAGCAAUGAAGGUGAGUAAGAUAAAUGUUAUUUUUAAACAGGACUCAAAAUCAGAAAAAAAAAAUAGUAUAUUUUGUGGAAAAUGCAGGUGAUUCUUAGAUGUAUUUUUACUCAUAUUUCUUUGCAAACUGGGAACCAAAGAUAUUCUAUGAUAUUUCUUGCCAUCUUCAGUUUAUUUGUUGUUUUUUAUCAAUUUUUGCCUUCAAGGCCUUCAAACCCAUUCCAUAACAAGUUUGGACAGUAAAGGUGCCUCACAUGAUUUUGUGUUUUUUUUUUUUUUUUUUUGUGUUACAAAAGGCUUUCAAAUUCCUCAGUCUCAGGUAUUAUUUUGUCCCAAUCGUUCUGCAGACUUGUCUCAAAGCGAAAAAAGGAACCUAUAAACAGAACAUUUAAAGGUUAUAUCUCAAUCUGUAUUGGGGGAUCAGGACUGCCAGCAGACCACACUAGCACCUUUACUUUCUUUUUCCUCAGUAAUCCAUUUGUUAAAUAAAAUAUUACAUGAACAUCCUGAAAGAAAAUGUCCUGAAGGCAGGGCAGCAGGUGCUUCAAAGUCAAAGUGUUAUUUUCUGUUUUAACACUGAUUCACAGAGUUAUGAAUCACCUUCACCAAAGAUGCUGAUACAACAUCACAUCUGAGAAUUCUCUUUUGUUUUUAAAUCGAAUAUGUGAGUAUAGCCCUUUAUUGUAAAGUUUGACAAAGGUUUAUACAGAGUAAUUCUUAGGCCAUGUGGUUAUAUCUGUUAUUGAUGGGAUUUGCUUCUGGAUGAGGUGCUGUCUGAGAGACUGGAGAUCACAAGAGUCUAAUUUAGGCUUGCACCCCCCUGUCCUUUACAGACCGAAACUCCUCCAGAUUCCUUGAAUGCUUUAAUGUUAUUGUGCACUGCAGAUGGAGAAAUAUGCAAAUAUCUUCUAACCUCUUUUUAAGCAGCACUGAAAGAAUUCCUCAUUCAUUUGUUGACAAAGUGGAGAUUCUCUGCCCACCUUUGCUACUCAAAUACAGCUUUUCACGUAUACUGUUUGAAAGUUUGUCCCCAACCAAUAUUGAAUGCAUAUGUAAUGUAAGAACCCCAGUGUUUUUGUAUUUUCCAUAUUGUCUCAACCUUUGCAUCAUUGUAAAAAGAUUACAUAAACAGCCACAAUUCACACAUCCACCAAUUUCUUCUCAAAUACUAGUCAAAUCAUUUUCACUGCAGUACUCUGGUCCUGUAGAUCUCAUUUAGUUAAAGGUUAUAAAAUACAUUUUAAAAAGGUGACUGUUACUGCCUAUUUGGCUAUGAACAAAUGCUGCCUACCUGAAUUUCUGCUUGAUUCAACCCAAGAACUGCUUGGAUCCAGAGAAAAGAAGCAAACCUUGUAGUUGCUCAGCAGUAUUGAUGUUUCUGUCCUUUAGCUGCUCGUUAAUGAGUCAGUUACAUGGUGUACCGUCUGCAGGGAGCAGAAUAUACAUUUGAGUAAGAUCUCAGGGAAUGUGGUUCAACCAAAACAAUACCUUUGCAGCUGGUAAACACAUGCUAUUAUUGACGCUAAAUCAGAGCAUCUGAGCGUGAGAUGGCUGAGGUGAGCCACCGUUAUAAAACAGCAUCUCAGUUAGAUGAGAAAAACUUCUAUAAAUCUGUAGGUCUACAAUUCUGCCCUGGUAUCCAGUAUUCAACAUUUUAUUAUUGUAUUCAGAUUUCCUGUCACAUUUCACAUGAUUGCCUUAGCUGGCUGAGACUGAUCAUUGUUACUUUAUUUGCUUUGUAAAAAUGAUCACUUUUGAAAUAUUAAAUUACAU